UCAUGUGCUACAGCAGAUGCGCACGCUGCAUCGGACAGUUUCUGCUGGCGCUCGCUGUCCUCUGCAUUGUAGCGAAUAUUUUGCUUUACUUUCCUAACGGGGAAACAAAGUAUGCUUCUGAAGACCACCUCAGCCGCUUCGUGUGGUUCUUUUCCGGGAUCGGAGGAGGAGGGUUGCUGAUGUUCCUGCCAGCAUCUGUCUUCAUCAGCCUGGAGGAGGAAGACUGCUGUGGUUGCUGCGGCCACCACAAUUGCGGCAAGAGAUGCGUGAUGCUUUCCUCUGUACUGGCUGCCCUCAUCGGAAUUGCAGGAUCUGGCUACUGCGUCAUUGUGGCAGCCCUGGGCUUAGCGGAAGGACCAGUGUGCAAAAAUCUCUUUGGCGAGUGGAACUACACCUUUGCCAGCACAGAGGGAGAGUACCUUCUCGAUAGCUCCACAUGGUCCCAGUGCGUUGAACCCAAGCACAUUGUGAAAUGGAACGUAACUCUGUUUUCUAUCCUCUUGGCUCUUGGUGGUAUUGAGUUCAUCCUGUGUCUCAUUCAAAUAAUAAAUGGAGUGCUUGGAGGCAUAUGUGGCUAUUGCGGCUCUCGCCAGCAGAAUAUGACUGCUAAAAGAACCACCUCAAGACAGAGCCACAACCUUCUUUAUUUCUUUGUAAUUUAUGUAUUUUACUUGUAUUGA